AUGGAUGUAUUGUACACAUAUGGCCAGACAGGUCCACUUUGCGAAGGUAUCACACAACGCAUAUUAGAAGCGGCGCCCACUAAAAUUGAACCGAGUGCAUCUACCAUAUCUACUCUACGUGGUCGCCUGGAAAAUGCUACCGAUGAAUGUAUUAAGUAUCAAACGUUGGGUGCAAGAAUGCCUUGCCUGUACUGA